AAUGUAACAUUCCUCCAGGGCGGUAGGUGGCAGCAGACUUGAAGCUUGUGAACAGCCGUGUGAAACAGAGGUGGCGACGAAGUGCAGUAACGUGCAAUGAAAGGUUAAUAUAUCGGUGAGUGGGCUACAAAUGAAACAUUCCACGUAAACACCUUUGAGUAUUUUUUAACAAUGAAGCAAAAUAAGCUGUGCUUUGUUAGGGGGUCAGUGAGCGGGUGGGACACUUUGUCCUAAGGAAAUUACGAUGACACUGAGAUGAGUGAAGCUAGUUAGCCAGUUCAGCCUCAGAUAGAUCUCAAUGUCUGCUGUAAAUAUGUCUAACCCUGUCACUAACCUAUAGACAUUCAUCAAAAGCAGGACAGACAACUUUAGUUCUCUGAUAGAAGCUGAUUCCAAAAGCAAAAUACAACAUUGUACCGUGAUUCACUGCUGGGGGUAUCAAGCUAACGGCACAAAACUCCUUGGACUAAAAAGCAUAUUUGUGAAAUAACUUAUCUCAGUUUGUUCCACGUGGUCCAGAAAUGUUAUAAUAGAGAGUAAAAAUCACGGGCUUGGAUUUGAAAUACAUGGUGACAGGGCUAUUCAGGAGGAGGACUUUUAUUUUGAAGGUGACUUUUGUUUCCGUUGUAAUGCACAAACGUAUUUUUGAUAGUAUCUUUGUUUUGUGAUCGUUAAUUUUUUAGUUUAAGAUAUCUAAAACGUGUUUUACUGUUUUUAAAUGUUUUUGUGAUGGUAUAACCAAGGUCAUUAACCAGCCUUUUAACUCUCGGGCCAGUUUGGCAGGUCGUUGAGAAGAUUUACUGGUUAACAUUAUCCUUUAUCAGCCAAAAUAAGAAAUAGGUUUUCUUGUGUGACAUUCCUGUUUGAUGCAGUACAUAUUUUUCAAGCAAUGACAUCUUGAAUACAAAAAGCCAAGCCAAGUUUCUUUUUUCCAUGAACUGUAGAUUGAAGCUUAAAAACAAAUCUGAUAAAAGUCCUGAUACUGAAAAAGAAAAAAAUUGCAGCAGGUCAAAGGUGUGUGGUGGUUGCUGUGUGUCCCUCAAUGUACAUUUGUUUUUGUUGGGCUAUUCCCAUUCAGCUCCAACAUGCAGACAGCAGAAAUGCAGAAAAAUAAAGUAGCAGCAACACCAAAGUUGGGUUUAAACUCAAGAUUUUUAAAAAAUGAUUAAACUAUUUUAAUGCAAACAUUCACCGCUGUGGUGUGUGGAGCCAGGCUGUAAAGCUGUGUAAAUACUUAAUACUGAGUCUGUUGUUGUACAGCAGGUUAUAAAGGCUCUUGAAGCAGAUUCAAAAAAAUAAUAAUCAUUUUUAUGCAACAGAUGGCUAUUUUUAGAGGCAGAGGCGGAAUAGGGGGUGGCCAUGGAUCUCAGGCCUAGAUGAGGGAGUUAGGGACAAUAAAUGAAUUAAAAUAAUUAGAUGAAAACAGCAUUCAGCUACAUGAAUUUCAUUAUUAGACAAGAAAAGCACUUUUAUGCCAGAAUAAUACUUCUAUCUCUUCAUGAUUUUUUUUUCUAGUGACUGGUUGGAGUGCAAACAUGCAGAGUUUGCUGGUACAAGCACUUGCUAUGAGGCAGUUGGGGAGGCUGAGUCCCCGCCACCUGCUGGCUGCUGGAUAUGGACAGAGGCAGACUGAAUGGUGCCCCAGGGCCAUCCACACACGGCAGCUGUGGGGCUGCUCUGCUUUCCCCGCACUUACCUGUCACAGACCCACUGUCUGUGGCAGGGACGCUGUCAGGGGAUGGUCUGUCCAUCACCUGAGACUGAAAAGCAAUAAGAAGAAAGGUGCUGCAAGGACUACACAGGAGGAGGAAGAGGAGGAAGAAGAUGAUAAAGACCCUGAAGACAGUGAUUAUGAGGAUGAAGUCGUUGAGGAGGACCCAAAUCUACCAAAAGACUAUAAAGACAUGGAGAAAUAUGUGCAGGGGUUUCGCUAUGACGUCAUAAUGAAAGCUGGCCUGGACCUGGCACGCAAGUGAGUCACUGCCUGUAGGCUGCUGUCAGAAAUAGGUUUAACCUAUUUUGUUUUGUUUGGCUGGCUGAUUUUAAAAAAAAAGGGCGAGGCUGUGAUUUUUUCUUGUAAAAAAAAAAAAACCUGUUGUGAUUCAGUGAUUAAUUUCUAAGCUUAAAGGCUGCAGCAGUUUUAAAUCUUUCUGGUGCUGUUACGUUGUUAGUAUCAUGUGGUUUAAGUAGUCAAACCUUUUUUUUUUUAAUAUCAAUAGAGUUGAAAAACAUGAAGUUGUAUGAUUCUGUUUAAUUGUAUUCUUAAUCCUCUUAAAUUUGACUGCAGAUUCACAGUCUUUUGUUUUAACAGUAAAAUCGACGAUGCCUUCUACAGCAACAAGCUCAGGCUGAAUGGACGGAAACUCAUCAAGAAAAGUAAAACAGUGAGUCAUCUUUUUUCAGGACUGAGAUAAACCUGCCAACUUUUUGUCUUUCUCUUCAUUGCUUUGUCAGUGUCUCUAAUCUGAUCAUUUUUGCUCUGUUUAAAGGUCAAAAUUGGGGACAAAUUGGACCUGGUGCUGUCAGAGAAUCAUGAAACAAACACUGUUAAACUGAUGAGAGUCGUCCUCCGCAAGGUUUUGGGUGAAUCAAAUGACAAAGAGAAGCACAAAAUUUCUAUAAGGCGAUGGAAAUCUUUAGAGCUACCCAGGGAUGAGGUCUUACAGCCAUAAAUUCAAACAGGACAGUAAUGACUGUUACUGUUAGCAAGUAAAAGUGACAUCUGGAGAAAUGUCAUCAAACAGGUGGUUUUUGGAUUAUUCCCAGCAAUUCAGAUCUGUAUUGACAGCUCUUGGUGGUUGCAGACAUGAAAUGGGAAUUGAACAGAUUUUAAUGUGGACUUUUUUCAUGUUCUUGGAACUGAAUGAUUCAUGGAUUUAAAAUCUUGUCAAAUUGCUACACCAAAUUGCUUCAGAGGAUAUUGUCCAAGGCUUCAGUCAUAUCAGGACAAAUACACCUGAUCAGAGUAGAUAAAUUUAUUGCUUGUUUUUCUCACUGUUUGGCCAAAUAUCACAGAAAGGGUUGCUAAAAGAAGUCCUUGCCUCCUGUGCUGCUGCCUCUACCAGGUAGUUUCAAGUAUGACUGUGGUUUACAGGUUGGGAGUUUCCCUCAGAACAUAGUCACACCACAAAACAAACGUACCAGUCGAAACAGAAGUAAACCACAAACUGCUUUUCUUUUUGUCAACAGUGUAGCAUUACACAAAGAGAAAUGUGACUUCUGUUUGUGGUAGAACAAAGGUGUCAUCACUUAAUCAAAAAUGUUAUUUCUGUAGUUUCUUUUUUUUUCAUAUUGUUUGAAGACACUGAAUAAAAAAGCUUGUGUCUGCAGCAAUAAUGGUGUGUAUAUAUAUGUAUAAUAACUGGGAACAUUUGCUUCAGAAGAUAAAUACAUAGCUCUUCAUGCCCAUCUCACAGCUUUCGGCUUAUGCACUCAAAAAUAUGUGAGAAUAAGAUGCAAGUUAAAUUACUUCUCAAAAAGUUGUGAGAAAGAUUUUGAAUGUUUCCAUUCUCCCGAGAGUCUCUUAAUAAAGUUACAAAAUUUGAUCAAGACUGAUUUCUUCUUUUUUAUUCCAGAUGAAAAGUUGUCAAUGCUCUCGUGCUUUAAAAUGAUUUAGCUGUUAUUGUUCCCAAUGACAGUAUCAAAACGUACUGAAGCUUGUUUAUGAAGAGGUCUUAACUCCAUGCACACAUCUGUAAGAAAUGGAUGUGGUUAACUUUGGUCGUGCUUGUUAUGUGCUCUCAACAAAGACAAAGGCAGCAAAUACCUAUGUUUUGUAAAGGGCUUUGACUUCUCAUACAUACACUUCUCCUGUUAAGGUCUGUUGUAGAUAACCAGGACACAUCACAACAAUUUAUCUGGAUUAUGGAUAAUAACUUUAAGGGGCAUUUUUUUAUUUUCUAGGCAAUAUCUAAUUAAUUUUUAAUAUUUUGUAGUCUUUGUAUGAGCCAUUCUAUCUACGUUAUUUUUGGGGUUUUG